CCCGUUCCUUGACCCGACACGGAAAUUGUCCCAUGUGAGUACUCGUCGAAACGGACGCGCGUUUUCUGAAUGUUGGAUUUUUAGGUGAGGCCACCUCUGUGCCUCCUAUGAUUUAUCAUGGAGCAGUGUGUUUAUACCAUAGAUAGAGGAAAUCAUACAUUGCAGGGGUGUGGGUGAUAAAGCAGGUGGCUAAGGGUCCAUGGCUACACCAGAGACUGAGGAUUACAUUUUGCCCAUGUGAUGGGGCAAAGCAUCAUGGUAAAUGUAGUUUAAAGCAGCUGAAGUACCAUAUGAUGGCAUCCCUGAGAGAGAUGUGCCAUAUCAAAAAAAAAAAAAAUCCUUUAUAUUAGUUUUGUUACUUCAAAAACUUCAUAACAAAUAUGAGAUCCAAUGCAUAAGUGUUAGAUAUAGAUUAAACUGUUUGAUACAGAUUAAACAAUAAUUAGUGUUGGUUUCAUAUCCUAAAAUUCAGACAAUACAGUAGGUCUCUCUGAAUGAGCUAGAUUGCAGAUACUGGUAUAUCUGAAAUCCUCUCCUCCAUGCCAUAGUGACUGCAGAAUACCGUUUAAUGUAUAAAUAUGUAUGUUAUCUUCAUUGCAGAACAUGACUCAAACUGUGUUACACAUAAAUAUACUGUUUUUCUACAGAUUUUUCUGCCUGUCAAUAUGUGCUCGCUGGGUUUGUUUCCGGCUCCACUGCCUCAUGGUGAACUUACACUGUACGAGUUUAAUAAUGAGAUGGUACCAGGCAUGGUUUAUGAAAGUCCACCCUCAGCCUUUCGUGAUCAGGUAAUUUUAUAACAUUCGUAAUGUCUUUUAUAUUUCUGCAAUAUAACACAAUGCCUUGCUUGUUUGUUUUGUAACUUUAUAGUUAAAGGGACACUUUAUCUUAAUAAAGUGGUUUUGGUGCAUAUACCCUCUCCAUGGUUUGAAGUAUAACAAUCCAGUCUAGAGUUUUUCUGCAUCAGCAUCUGGAAUUCAGAUGUUCAGUUGCAUCCAGAUAGGCUACAAUCCAGUGGAUAUUCAUUUGGAGGCUUUUUUCCCAAAUCUGAACAUUGAUAAAUCUUGUGAACCAUGUCCUGAUGCGGUAGUCUGACUUCCAACUUUUCCUUCCGCUCUAUUUGGGACAUAUUAAAAUGUUUAUACACUUAAAGGAACACCAAAGCAUUAAUAAUGCAGGUUUGUAUCCCUAAUGCUUCAGUGUCCGAGUCCCUUGUUAUAUAGCUCUCCCCCAUGUGUGCAAAAAUGUAAGCUUUUAAAAAAAAAAAAAAAAAAUCUUUAUUUGUACCCUGCUCACAAGCAUGAGAGGUUCGAUAUAGUCAUAAAACAAGGUACACAUACAAUCUUUACAUACUUGUUACAGUGUAUACUGUCACGAGUGGGCUUUUCUUGAGAGGAGGGGGUUUUAUUUUAUGUUGCUUGGUCAGUGUCGAGUGGUCAUAGUUUGGGUCUGGUCAAUAAAGGUCCAUCGUGUGUGCAACGAGUGACGUUAAGCCCUUAGGUAACUAUAGAGACUGCUAAUUAACAAGGUGGAGUAGCUUGGGCCCCUGUAUUUGAGUCGUGUGUGCGGGUUGCGUCCGAGUUGAUCCCGAUGCUAUUGGGGCUGCCUAGAUAACCUGGCGUAAUCUUGGCACUUUGUGUGAUAUUGCGGUUUAGUACACCUCCCAUUUCACUAUUCUUCUAGGAAUUUCUGAUCUCAUCUUGGAGGUGGAGGGGGUUGAGGGAAUACUCCUAUAUGUCAGUAGGGCCUGUUUUGCUAUGUAUGGAGUUACAGAGCAUAGUAAGAACAUAAACAAAAGAACUCUACUUGGAGUAGGAACAUAUGUAACUUGAAACCGCAGGUUGGUAGUCCGAGUGGCCGCUUCUUGGAGGUCGGAGAUGAAGUGGACCUGGUUGUUGUGCGUUAUAUGCAGUGCACGCAGUGAGCGCCAGUGGUAUUUAAUGUGGUGGUUUCUGAGCAGUGUGGUGAAUGGCUGCAGAGUCCUAUGUAUAAAAAGACAUGGCCAUAUUUUCAAAGCUGUAGGUGGCAGACCCUUUGAGAGUUCCUGAACCGAACCACUAGGUUUCGGGGGGCUGUCUCUGGCGCUCUGUGAGGUUUGGGGAUCCGGAAGGCUGACUCGAAGCUGAUGUUUCUGGCCUGUUUAGGUGCCAGUAAGGCUCCGAUGAGCCGCUUUAAAAGGUAUGGGAUUUCCUCAGAUGAGCCGCCUUAGGGUAUAUCUUCUGUGACUCAGCGGAUUUUAAAAUUAUUUCGUCGUCUUGCGUCCUCCAUUGCAGCGUAGCAUUGCUCACGUUUGGCUUGCUGCAGUUUAAGUGCCCGUACCUCUUAUCGGAGCUCUGUGAUUUCUUGUGUUUGGUGUGUGGAGGUUGCCUCCACCGUGUUGAUGGCCUAUGAGAUUUGCGCGCAGCUGAUCUUCGUCCACCUGGAGAGUCCUCUGUAAGUCUCCCAACAUUGUUUUUAAAAUUGCAGUUGUUACCGGUCCCAUGUCUCCUGAACUUGAUGACAACUGUUGAGGUCCCACAAGGGCUAAGCUGCCCGUGGCCUCAUCCUGAAGAAAUCCUCAGAGGAGUCAAGGUAGCCCUCGAGGUCGGCAGCCAUUUUGAGGCCGUACGCGCCUGGCAGAAUAAAUCCCCGAUACUGACCCCUGUCUUGUCUUUGACUUUUGUUUCUUUGUUUUUCUCCCCAUUAUGAUUGUGGGUCGUGGGGUAUAGUUUUUUGGUGUCUGGGAUACAGGAAAGCACCAAUUUUAGCUGUAUAGCCAUGGAGCUCAUCUAACAUGCGUCUGCUUGGUUCUGCCGUCAAGCUCCGCCUCCAAAAUUAAGCUUUUUAAAUUUUUUUAUUUAUAUUUUUCCAGUGACAGGGCUCACUUGGUGCUCCUCUCCAUCUCAACGUAUGUCAUGAUGGAGUCAUGGCCUCGUGAUAAUCCAUUUUUUUUUUCAUAGAGGAGCAUUCUAGACCUGAUGUGUAUGCGUGGCAAACGCAGUGCUCGCUUCCUAACUUCCACAUAGGAAAGCAGUAAAUGAAUGCUUUCAUAUUGGGCUCUGCAAAGUCACAUGACCGAGUUUAACUCUCUUUGCAGCAGAAGCGCGUUCAAUGGCUGUCAGUGUAACAGCCACUGGAGGUGUGUUUAACCCUUCAAGGUAAGCAUUACUAUUUCUUCAAAAUUGCAGUGGUUUAAAUUGAGAGGACCCAAGCCGCUUAAUUUAAAUGUGAUAAUCUCCUAGCCAAGCCAAAGCUUCUAUGGUAAUAAUACUCACAGAAAAAACACUGAAUUAAAUACUUUUCUAUGAGAAUUCCCCCAUCCAUUUUGAGCGAGUGCUUAAAGCAGUGAGCAAGAACUACUGAAUGCAGAAGAAUGACCAAGCAGUUUAUCUGGCAAAUGCAAGUUCCACCCCCGUUCAAAAAACUAUUAUUGAUAGUGGUCCUCAAAGGGUGUUUUCUAUGAUGCACACGUGGCUCACAACUCAUCAGAAGUCGGUGGACCGUAUGUCAAUGGUUGUUGCUGUUAUAUUCUUUUUGACAAUAUUAUCCUUUUGACUCGAGUUUCCACAUAGUGUGUUUUCAAUGUGUUUAACCAAGUAUUAAUCUGUCCAUAAUAAUCAAAAACUCUCUUAUUGCCGUUUCUACUUCUUGUGUUGCAGUUAGUCGAUAUCCAAGAAGUUAUGAUUCCUUUAGAAACAGUAAAGGCUCCUGGUCGCUUUGAACUGAGCAGCAAAGCAGCAUUUAUCCAUCACAGGGAAGGUAUCUUGAAACGCUGUUUAAAUGCAUGGUGAGUACCCUGGCACAGCACCCAGUGCAGACACCAAUCUCUGGUCAGUUAUGACAUUUUUAAAUGUUGUAUUUUCCAGGCAUCAAAUGGGGCUCUCAGGGCUACUAGAAGAGAUGUCCAGUUCUGAGGAGGAAGGUAAAAUGUAUAGUAAACACAAAAUAUCACAAAAACUCAUGCCAUAUUAUAAAGACAGAAAUUCAGCUUGAGAGAUGCGUACAUUUGAAAUCUGUAACUUUAUUUUUUUUAGUGAUCUUUUAAAGACUGUAAUUGUUUAUGUAGGUCUUAUGUUUUGCAUAUAAAUUCAGUUUGUACAUAACGUUUUGCUGCUUGUGUGCACAAUCAGGGUUAUUCUCUAAGCCAGGGGUGGUUAUCCAGGAAAAAUAGAAGCAUUGUAAACCAAAAGCAGCCUCUCUAUCUAGCUAUUUUACCCUAACAUUGACAGUUUAGCCGGUCACUUGAUGAAAUUCCUGGCUUAUUGAAUAAUGAAGUAAUGAUGCAUACAAAGAGAAUGUCGGAUUUGAGUUAUUUAUUUAAAUUGCUUCUUAGUGCCACACAAUCAUACCUGUAUAUUCUUCUUCAGUCACAAGAUUUAUUUUAUAAAGGUAUGCUGUGUAUAAUGCUCUUCCAUUACUUACUUUUCAUGAGCUAGUUACUAAAAUCAAAUUAAUUGUGCUAUAGUGAAUACAUGUAAUCAACUGAUAGCCAAGGCUGCAUUAUUAGACAUUUGAUUUAUCCAUGUGCUGCUUACAAGAAGAAUUCAUUGAGCUCUUAUGGACACUGUACAGGUUUCUUCAUUGCUUCCUUUGACUUGUGAUUGACUUAUUUGAUAUAAUGCUAGAAUUAAUCUGCUAUUAUUUGUACACACAACACCUCAAGCUUUUUUUCCAUUCAAAAAAAUAUACCAUGUAGCAGGGCUUAACAUGCCCACUUCUGUGUUAUAGACAGAUGUAAAAGUUACUCACCCCUGCAAGCCUGGUAGAUAAAUGGCACAGUCACUGGGGGGCAGAGUAUAGAAUAGUAGUCUUGAUAGUCUUAACCUCAACAUCUGAGGAAAGGGAGUUAGGGGUAAUUAUUUCAGAUGAAGGUAGGCAGACAGUGUAAUAGAGCAGCAGGAAAUGCUAGCAGAAUGCUUGGUUGUAUAGGCAGAGAUAUUAGCAGUAGUAAGAGGGAAGUGCUCAUGCCAUUGUACAGAACACUGGUGAGACCUCACUUGGCGUAUUGUACGCAGUACUGGAGACCAUAUUUCCAGAUGGAUAUUGAUACUUUAGAGAGAGUUCAGAGAAGGGCUACAAAACUGGUUCAUGGAUACAAGUAAAGGUUAAAGGAACUUAACAUGUAUAGCUUAGAGAAAAGACAAGACGCAGGGGUGAAGGGGGUGUAUGAUAGAAACAUUUAAAUACAUAAAGGGAAUCAACACAGUAAAGGAGGAGACUAUAUUUAAAAGAAGGAAAAACUACCACAACAAGAGGACAUUGUCUUAAAUUAGAGGGGCAAAGGUUUAAAAAUAAUAUCAGGAAGUAUUACUUUACUGAGAGGGUAGUGGAUGCAUGGAAUAACCUUGGUAGAGGUUAACACAGUAAAGGAGUUUAAGCAUGCGUGGGAUAGGCAUCCUAACUAUAAGAUAAGGCCAGGGACUAAUGAAAGUAUUUAGAAAAUUGGGCAGACUAGAUGGUCCGAAUGGUUCUUAUCUGCCGUCACAUUCUAUGUUUCAUAGAAAGUUCUAACCGUAAGGCAGAAAUGUUGAGCCCUGCCAUUUAGUACAUAUGUAGAAUCAGAUCUAGUAGUAUUUUUAGUGUAUUUGGUGUUUUCAAACAAAUAUAGAUUAGUAAUGAUGAUAUUCAAACUUUUCACUAAUUGGUCAUUUUCUUAUAGCAGUAGUGUGACUAGGACAGGUGUGAGAUAUUGCACCAUCACUUCAUUCCCUUGUAUUCUAUUUUACAGUACCCCCUUUGCUGGUUCGCUUUUCUAGUUGGUCCCUUGCUGUUUGUCGCCUGGCUUCAGCUUUCCAUGGGUCAUUAUUUCCUCAUCUCACCGUAAGUUUUCCUGUUGUGAGUGCACAAAUCAUACUGUUAAUUUUUACAUUUUGAUUGGGUGUUAUUGGGUUGUAAAAUCUGUGUGCGUUGUACUUCACUACUACUCUCUCCCAGAUAACAAUAAUUUUAAUAAAAAACUUGUUUUGGGAAAUGAAUCUUGUAGGGUAUCUUACUUGUUAGAGAUGUUUCCAUCUAGACAACAUGGAAGUUCAGCAUUGCUUAAAAUAAAUUUGAAAUGAUGCACAGCAUUUUAUUUGUAUUCUAAAUCCUUGAUAUUAGUAUAUGCUAACAUAUUACGCAGCCCAAAGUCUAUGCGUGCAGAAUGAGUUGAUCUUUGAUGGAUGGUUUUAAUUAAUUUACAUAAUUGAAUAAUAUACACCUUUUUCUCUCCACAGAUGAAAAGUGAGGAUCUCACAGCAGAAUUUUCUCAGGCUCUUGACUGGUGAGUGCUGCUUUACUAAAGACCAUUAACCUUGCAUUUAAAGAAUUAUUCUAACCACUAUGACUACUUCUGACUACUUCAGUAAUUUAAAAUGGUCAUGGUGGUAGGAUUCUGUAUGUGCAGAAUUACUGCUUAAAAAUGCUGUAUAUCUAGAGUAAUCUAGUUUUGUACCUUAUGCUAGUUAUUGCCCCGUCACACAUGACUUUGAGAGCCCUUAACUCUGUUCGAGCUGCCUAGUGUUAAUUCUAUGCAUAUUUUACAUCUGUCAGCGCACACUGCAUGCUGGCAACAUACGUAGUGAGCUUCAACCCUUGCAGUCAGUGCCUGCAAGGGGAACGGUUAAUUUCGUUAUUUGUGCACUCUGAGCCGGUAAAAUGGCUAUGAGAGGCAUUUAAUUGGACAACGGAGGUGAAGAGUGAUGCAGCCAGACGGGGUGUGAAAGACCUUUGCUCGGCGCUGGAUUACAGGUAAACAUAUAACUUAAUGUCACUGCAUUUUACAUAGACCCUAAAGGAGCAUCGUGUGUGUGUGAUUAAAGUUCGGUAUACAGAGCAGGAAGUAAAAAUGUAUAAAGCAAGUUAACAUCUGAUUUAAAAGUGAAACCAUUUUUUGAAUGAACUGUGUGGCUAUGGAUGGCAGAGAAUUGAUCAUGAGACUGGAUGAUCUAUACACUAAAAUUGCUUCAUAAGGCUAAAGUUGUUUUGAUGACUACAGUAUCCCUUUUAAACAAAUAUAAACAAAACCUAAAAAAAAAAUUGUAAUCUUAUUUCUUCACUUUGUUCUUUUAGGGCUGGCUGCUCACUCCGUGCCUUUGCUUGGCAUCCACAUACCAACAAAUUUGCCCUUGCUCUUCUUGAUGACUCCAUUCGGGUUUAUACUUCAGGAAGGUGAGUGAUGCUUGGAAGACAAACGCUGGCUUGAAAUGACAAAUCUGCUAAAUCUAUCUAUGUAUAGUGGGAUGGAUUGGCACUGUGGAAAACGCAGUAGAAACUAUUUUAGUUCCCUCAGUACCAGUCCAUAUGUCCCAACCUCCUUCUUAUUCCCCAGUGCCUCUCUCUCGGUUAGUUGAACAUUAGCCAUAUUUAAUUUGUAUCCUGUGUAUAUAUACUAGAAUGCAGUAUUCCAUCUCAGCAUAUUUUAUUAUGUUCUCCUUUACAGCCCGACUAUUCCCACAUUAAAGCAUCGACUGCAGAAGGAUGUAGCUAGUAUGGCAUGGAAACCCCUCUGUGCAUCCAUCUUGGCUGUGGCUUGUCAAAGUUGUGUGCUGGUAUGGCAUGUAGACCCUACUUCCCUAUCCACAAGGUAAAUGCUUUUUACUCUCAAGAUUUUUUUAUUUUAUUUUUUAUUUAUUUAUUUUUAGAGCAAAUGAUUUCAAGUGUAUUGCUAAUGUUAUAGUGACAUCUAGUGUUUAGUUUUUAGAUUGCAGAGAGCUUUUUAGUACUACAGUUAAAAAUAUAUAUUGGAUAUUACUGAUGAUAAAAUUCAAAUGUGAGUGUCAAUUGUGGGGAGUGGGAAAGUUUGAGAAUUUAAAUAUACUAGCAGUGACAUGGAACAUUGACCUUUAAAGUUACAUGUAAAGCUUGGUGCAAUCAAAAACAAAUAGUAAUUAAACAUAUUUGACUAUCACUAUUCCAGUGUGAACUAUGCCUUUUUCUUUGUACACUCAGGCCUUCCUCUGGUUGUGCUCAGAUACUCUCACACCCAGGGCACAGUCCUGUCACCAGCGUGUGUUGGUCCCCUAGUGGUAGUGUGUUACUCUCUGCCUCUCCAGUAGACACUGCUAUGUUGGUGAGUAUAAAGGUUCUUUUGCCUUGCUCUCUUCUUAAACACAGAUGUCACCAUACAAAAUGCUUUGCCUUUAAUGCACAGCUUUUGGGAUAACCUCAGCAGAACGCUAGUGAAAAUCAGUUAAACCCUGCUUGCCGUGGAUCGCUUUUAAGUAGAAAUUGGUUUCAAAUGCACACUGUAUUUCAUGCAGGCAGCAUUUUGAUUGCAAAGCAGUAAAGUUCAGGAUGGCCAAAUUCAAUAGAUUACAAAAUCUUUUUUUUUUUUUUUUUUAUCUAAGUAUAUUUACUACACUCUGUUCCAAAUUAUUAUGUAAAUUCUAUUUAAGUGUCACAAAGAUUAACCCCUUAAGGACGGAGGGCGUACUAUUACGCCCUGCAGGAGCCGGCUCUAAACGCCGGCGGGCGUAAUAGUACGCCCUCACUUUAGUGGCCGGCGCUAGUCGCCCGCUGCAGAUCGCGGUCGGGGGGGAUGCGCGGCCCCCCAGGCAACCCCCCCUGUGGCCGAUGACCGCGAUCUGCAGUCACUGAUCGCAGUGACAGGCUGUCACUGCGAUCAGUUUUUAACGUGUGUCAGCCGAUUUCAAAUCGGCUGACACACGUGGCCAGCGGCUACCCCGUACAGAUCGCGGUCGGGGGACUUACCUGGCCCCCCAGGCAGUCCCCCUGGGGUCAGUGACCGCGAUCUGCUAACUCUGAGAUCGCAGUGACAGGCUGUCACUGCGAUCUCAGAGCGCUCUGAUCGCAGUGACAGCCUGUCACUGCGAUCAGUGUUACAUGUGUCAGCCUAUUGGCUGACACAUGUAACUGGCACACAGAUCCCCCUGCAGAUUGGAAGGGGGGAGUGCUUGUACCACCCAGGCACUCCCCCCUGUGGCCAAUUACCCAAUCUGCAGGAGGUGAUCACAGUGACAGGCAGUCACUGUGAUCACUGAUCCUGUGUGUCAGCCAGUGAUGUAAAAUCACUGGCUGACACUGUCUCUGCCCCCUCUCCUGUAAAACAAAUAAAAUAUUAGUUAAAAAAAAAAAAAAUUACAGUUACAUAUAAAAUAUACUUAGAUCAUAUAUAUUAUAUAUAUAUAUAUAUAUAUAUAUAUAUAUAUAUAUAUAUAUAUAUAUAUGAUCUAAGUAUGUAUGUGUAUAUAUAUAUAUAUAUAUAUAAUACACACAUUUACACAUACACGAAGUGUAUUUAAAUAUUAAUAUAUAUAAUUAUUUAUAUAUAUAUUACUAUCAAAUUACACGUAGACUAAUACUGAUUAAAUAUAUAUAUAUAAUUAUUGUUAUAUAUAUAUAUAUAUAUAAUAUAAAAAAAUGUAAAUACGUAAAAAAAAAAUUUAAAAAAUUAAAAAUAAAUAAUAAAAAAAUAUAUAGAUGUUUUGUUAUUUCGUUCUAACUGUAUUGUGAUAUUAAUAUAUAUAUAUAUUUAUAUCAAAAUACACGUAGAACGAAAUAAUAUAUAUAUCUAUAUACAUAAAUAUAUACAUAUAUAUCACUAAAUAUAUACACCUAUAUAUAAAUAAAAAUAUUUUAAAAAAUUAUAUAUAUGUAUAUAUACACAUAUGUAUAUAUAUAUAUACAUAUGUUAAUUCUACACAUAUAUUUAUGUAAUAUUUUUACAUAAUUAGGUAUCCUAAUUAAUUACAAUUAGCGGGACCUGCCUGACAACCCAUGCCGAAAGUAUAGGGAAUUUAAUUUGCUAGCACUAUAUUUAACCCUAUAACUUUCCAAGACACCAUAAAACCUGUAAAUUGGGGGUACUGUUUUACUCGGGAGACUUCGCUGAACACAAAUAUUAGUGUUUCAAAACAGUAAAAUGUAUUACAACAAUGAUAUCGCCAGUAAAAGUGAAGUUUUUUGCAUUUUUCACGCACAAACAGCACUUACACGGAUGAUAUUAUUGCUGCAAUACUUUUUACUGUUUUGAAACACAAAUAUUUGUGUUCAGCGAAGUCUCCCGAGUACAACAGUACCCCUCAUGUACAGGUUUUAUGGUGUUUUCAAAAGUUACAGCGUCAAAUAUAAGGCUUGCGUUUCAGUUUUUUCACAUUAAAAUUCGCCAGAUUGGUUACGUUGCCUUUGAGACCCUAUGGUAGCCCAAGAAUGAAAAUUACCCCUAUGAUGGCAUACCAUUUGCAAUAGUAGACAACCCAAGGUAUUGCAAACAGGGUAUGUCCAGUCUUUUUUAGUAGCCACUUAGUCACAAACACUGGCCAAAAUUGGCAUUUUUUGGCAUUUUUCACACAAACAGAUACUAACGCUAACUUUGGCCAGUGUUUGUGACCAAAUGGCUACUAAAAAAGACUGGACAUACCCCAUUUGCAAUACCUUGGGUUGUCUACUAUUGCAAAUGGUAUGCCAUUAUGGGUGUAAAUUUCAUUCCCGGCUACUAUACAGUCUCAAAGGCAACGUAACCAAUCUGGCGAAUUUCAAUUUCAAAUGUAACGUGCUAUAUUUGACCCUGUAACUUCCCAAAACGCCAUAAAACCUGUACAUAGGGGGUACUGUCUUACACGUGAGACUUUACUGAAUACAAAUAUGUGUAUUUUAUUGCAGUAAAAGCAAACAGUAUUAUGACACUGACCUUUAAAAUGUCAUGUAGAACUAAAAAAUAAAAAAAUAAUUAUUUUCUCCCAUUUUUUUUCAUAUUAAAUUAUGUUUCAUAGCUAAAUAUUUGAUAUUAAAUGAAAGCCCUGUUUCCCCUGAAUAAAAUGAUAUAUAAUAAGGGUGGGUGCAUUUACUAUGAAAGAGGUGUAUUACGGUUGGACAGACAUGUAGCGCAAAUGCCAGGUUUUGUUUACAUUUUGUUUCGUUCACAACGUGUACAUUUGGCUCCGUCCUUAAGGGGUUAAAUAUUUUGUUUUUCAGUUUAACUCAUGGAUGGCAUUGUGUCUCAGGGCUCUUUUGAUCACUGAAAACAAUCUCGCACACCUGUGAUAAUUAGAUUGCCAGGUGAGCCCAAUUUAAGGAAAAACUACUAACGGAGGGUGUUCCACAUUAUUAAGCAGAGCACCAUUUUCAUGCAAUAUGGGGAAGAAAAAGGAUCUCUCUGCUGCUGAAAAGAGUGAAAUAGUUCAAUGCCUUGGACGAGGUAUGAAAACAUUAGAUAUUUCACGAAAACAUAAGCGUCAUCAUAGCACUAUUAAGAGAUUUGUGGCUGAUUCAGAGCACAGACGGGUUCGUGCAGAUAAAGGCACAUUGAGGAAGAUUUCUGCCAGAUCCAUGCAUCGGAUCGAGUGCAGCUGCUAAAAUACCAUUACAUAGCAGCAAACAGAUAUUUGAAGCUGCUGGUGCCUCUGGAGUCCCACGGACAUCAAGGUGUAGAGUCCUCCAGAGUCUUGCAACUGUGCAUAAACCUUCUAUUCGGCCACCACUAACCAAUGCUCACAAGCAGAAACGGCUGCAUUGGGCAGAAAAAGUACAUGAAGACUAAUUUUCAAACAGUCCUGUUCACUGAUGAGUGCUGUGCAACCCUGGAUGGUCCAGAUGGAUGGAGUAGUGGAUGGUUGGUGGACGGCCACCCUGUUCCAACAAGGCUGCGACGUCAGCAAGGCGGUGGUGGAGUCAUGUUUCGGGCCGGAAUCAUAGGAAGAGAGCUGGUCGGCCCCUUUAGGGUCUCCAAAGGUGUAAAGAUGACCUCUGCAAAGUAUGUGGAGUUUCUGACUGACCACUUUCUUCCCUGGUACAGAAGGAAGAACUAUGCUUUCCAUAAUAAAAGCAUCUUCAUGCAUGACAAUGCACCAUCUCAUGCUGCAAAGAAUACAUCUGCAUCAAUGGCUGCUAUGGGGAUUAAAGGAGAGAAAGACAUGGUGUGGCCUCCAUCCUCCCCUGACCUCAAUCCUAUUGAGAACCUUUGCAGCAUCCUCAAGCAGAAGAUCUAUGAGGGUGGGAGGCAGUUUACAUCCAAACAGCAGCUCUGGGAGGCUAUUCUGACAUCUUGCAAACAAAUUCAAGCAGAAACUGUCCAAAAACUCACAAGUUCAAUGGAUGCAAGACUUGUGAAGCUGCUAUCAAAUAAGGGGUCCUAUGUUAAAAUGUAACGUGACCUGUUAAAAUGUUUAAAAAGUCAAACUGUUGUUAUAAGUUUGAUUAAAAUAGCUUUUGAUUUCAGUAAAUAUGCUGCAAACACAACAAAUGACAAUUUUCAGUUCUUUACAACCUAUAAAGUGUUUUGAAACUUACUGUGCGUAAUAAUUUGGAACAGUGCAUUGUGUAAGUUUUUUAUGUUUAAAAAAAUACUGUUAUCAUUAGGAGGUUUGUUCAAUGAAAUUUGAAUUGUACUCCUAAUAGUUGAUAACAUGAGAAUUAUGCUGACUGUUAUUUACAUCAAUUAUUUAGGUAAAUUAGAAAAAAAUAAUUUGCAUAAUAAUUUGGAACAGGGUGUAGCAAUUUGCUUAGCACAAUCGUGUAUAUAUAUUCUGCCGGCCUGACUUGGUGGUAGUUGUAAGGUUAGUCUACAUUAUUUGUCCUCAAGGCACGCCUGUGGUGCAGGUUUUAUCUGCAUUACCAUUGGAACGUAAUUUAAAAAUGCCUAACCACUCGUCGGCAUUAAUUAGUAAAAUGUUGCCUGGGUCUGACUAAGAACCAUAAUCUUUUUUGACUUCUGUAUUUCUCACCUGACUGAAUUACUUAUGGUGUCUGGAAGGCCUUGGCACUGGCUCACACUUCAUUUUCAAAAUGUUUGACACUUAAUGAGGAUCUCUGGGUGCCUGCAGCUUAUCCCCUCUAUGCUUGUGGUGAGCAGUGAUAGGCUGGGAGCAGUCAGUUGAUGAUGUCAGCCAAUCACAAUUGCCCAUUGCUGAUCUGAGUUUGUGUGGUGGGGUGUCUGCCUUAUCUAUAACUUUUCAUUGAGGAUGGGCUGCAGAGAUUCUUUAUUCAGUGUUAGAAUGUUUGAAAACCAAUUUAUGAACAAUUUUAUAUAUGCGUUUGAGUUAAUAAUCAUGACGUUUUGCAGGUUUGGGAUGUCCCCACAGAGAGCUGUGUGCCACUACAGAGAGUUGGUGGAGGAGGGGUGACCUUCCUUUCUUGGUCUCCCGAUGGCAGUAAAGUAUUGGCAGCAACACCAUCUGCUGUCUUUAGGUGAGGGCUGAGACACCUAGUCAUUUAAAUGUAGGGUUGGACGUAUAAAUAUGGGUCAGUCAGUGAUUUUAUUAUUUUUUUUUUUUUAUUUUUUUUUGGGGGGGGGGGGGAUAGGGGGAGGUUUUACAUACAUCAUAUACAAGGUUUAAUUAGACAGGUUUUGUGUCUUGCAGGGUUUGGGAAUCUCAGACGUGGACAUGUGAGCGAUGGCCAACACUUCAGGGUCGCUGCCAGGUAUGUUGUGAAAUAUCUUUGCCAAGUAAUGUUAUAAUUGUGUUUUAUUUUUUUACUUUGUGACAUUGUGUCUAUAUUACAGACUGGAUGCUGGAGCCCAGAUGGCAGCCGCCUGCUUUUUGCAGUUAAGGGAGAAUCUGUGAUAUACAGUUUAUCCUUUACAGUCUGUAAUGGUAAGUAAAAAUUUGAAGAAAAUAAAUGAGAUAUUUAACAUACAAUUGUAAUCAUUAUUAUUAUUAUUCAACCCCCAUUGAAAAUCAGGUUUAUUGUAAAAAUGUAUAGGCUUUCAGCUGUUGGCAAUGAACAAAUUAAACACAAGCAAUUAAGAUGGCUCAACACAACAAAUUCUUCAAGUGGUUUCCCCAAAUUCAGCUGAAUAUGCAACUUAUAAUGACCUCCAGUUUUAAAAUGAUUCAACCUCUUCAUGGCGAGCAGCUUUAGUACUUAGUAGAGCACCCUUUUGCUGUUAUGACCAUGUAACCCCUUUGGUUACGGAGUGAAUGUCAUGGUUAAAAGAUGCUGUAUUACAUGUGAUGGUAGCACUGCAUCAGAGAUUAAACAAUGUCCAUGUUAUAUGUUUGGCAGGACAGAUGCAGGGCUGUGUUGGAGGGAGUCAGAGUGCUACCGUGGUUGCUGAUGUCUCAGAAACAAUAUUUGAGACCGAAAGUGGCGAUAUCAGGUGAGCGCCUAUUAAUCUGAACAACUUUGUAAGAAAAAAUUUACUGCCUCCGUUUCCUUCUAAACAUACAUAUAUCAUCUUUUGCAGAAUUGGGGGAGAGAUACACUCAAUGGCUUGGGAUCCAAGUGGAGAGAGACUUGCUGUCAUACUGAAAGGUCCUCUUCCAUUCUUGUACAUCUUUCAGCAGGACAUUUAUUAAAGGGAUCUUUACAUGUUUUGGAAUAUGCUGAACAUUCUUGUGUAUUAUAGGGAACCCUGAGAGUGAAUCGAACCUGACGUUAAUUGCAGUUUUCAGGACAAGAAAUAGCCCCAUUUUUGAGCUUCUCCCAUGGUAUGUACAAAACCAGCGCUUUGUAUGUGAGUAUCGUUAAAGUGGCUCAGUCAGUUCCCUUUCUCCUAUUGUUUCCUCUUCUCUUCCCCUUUCAGAAUCGAUACUUCAUUUCUGAUCUAUUUCUGUUUAAAACAUAAGACAAAAGAGGGAUUACUUUGUCUUAUGUAUUUUUUCCUACACUUGGCAAUCUUGACAAAUGGGGUGUAAGGCGAGCUUCAUCCUUUGUUAGAUUGACUAAGGAAGGGGAGCUUGCGUUAAACUCCAUCCUUUUGGCACAAUUGUCAAGCGUAGUAGAAAUACAUAAGACAAAGUCCCUUACGUUCUUAUAUUUAAAAAGAAACAGAUCAGAAAUAAAGAAAAAGGUGAGUUUAAAGUGACUGAUCCCGUUUGAUACUAAUUACAUUAAUCUAGUUUGAAAAAAGUCUCAAGUCAAGUUCAACCUUUUAAACACACUGUUUUAUGCCGUUGAUCCGAAAAAAACAACCUGUUUGAAGCAAAUGCCAAUUGUGCCACAAAAAGGGAAGCAAAUCUUACACCGUAAUACAAUAUUAUCUUCUUGAUAUCACCGCAGUGAUGACUCACCUUGACAGGUUAGAUGGUAGUGAAUUUCAUAUCCCAUGAAGAUUAGAAAGACUUUAGACUGGUGGUGGAGAAUUUUGCCAGAUGUAGUUCGCAAGCAUCUAAUGUUGACAAACAAAGCCAUCCGACAUGGAUUGUGCCGUGUACAGUUAAGUUUAGUUUAUUAUAACAUUAGCAAGAGUUUACAUUGAUGGUGUUAGAAGGUUUUACUCUCUCUUGAAAAAGAAAGAUGCAGACUAAUAAUUUGCAAGAUUCAAACUCAUUGUGGUAUGAGGUUAACGGGUGCUCAUUAGGUAUUUAAGGGACUACUAUAGGCACUCAGACCACUUCAGCUCAAUGAAGUUGGCUGGAUGCCAGGUCCAUCUAGGGUUAACCCUGCUGCUGUAAACAUAGCAGUUUCAGAGAAACUGCUAUGUUUACACUAGGGUUAAUCCAGCCUCUAGUGGCUGUCUCAUUGACAGCCGCUAGAGGCGCUUCUCACUGUGAAAAUCACAGUGAAAAGACGCUUACGUCCAUAGGAAAGCAUUGAGAAAUGCUUUCCGAUGGACUGAUUGAAUGCGUGCGCGGCUCGUGCUGCACAUGCGCAUUUGGCGCUGACAUCGGAAGAGGGAGGAGAGUUCCCCAGCGCCGGGGGAGCCCGACGCUGGAGAAGGGUAAUUGUUUAACCCCUUCAGCCCGGCGAGAGUGGGACCCUGAGGGUGUGGGGGACGUAAGGACCGUAUAGUGCCAGGAAAAUGAGUUUGUUUUCCUGGCACUAUAGUGGUCCUUUAAGACCACGUGAGCUUGCAUGGAGUGAUUUCAUGAUAAGCCACCUAGGGCCAUGGUUCACGAUACAGAAAGAGUUCUGGAGGUAAUCUUGGCGUUCAAGGUGUUCUAAUACAUAAUGUAGUUUUAAUGGAGAACAAAGCAUUAAUAUGACUAAUACAGUGUUGCCAAGAUGAAUUUCUGCAGCAGACACAUAAAACACGUAUAUUUGUUUCUGCAGUGGCUUCAUUCAUGGGAAGGAAGGAGAGACUCCACAACUUGUACAGUUUAACCAAUGCUUCAAGAAGGGCGCCUUGCUGUCUACGGUAAAGUGUUUAAAACUAAGGAUUUUAUAUUUACGCAUUUUUACUUUUAAUUUUUUUAGGUUUGGCAUGUUUACUUACACCUUGACAUAUAGUCAUUCUCAUGACUAGUUAUAGAUAAGCUUUUCCUUUGCGUAAGUUGAUUACUGUUUUUUUUGUCUAUCUCCUGCAAUUAGUCCCUUCCCUAUUAUCCAGCCACACAGCUCUAAGCAGUUCGUCUCUAGGCAACAUCUAUGCAAGCUACAAAAUUAGGAUGGAGGUCAUUUGCAUGUAGGUCAUGGUAAUACACCAAGCAGAAGAUAAUGCAAGUGUAAUUUUUUUUAUUUUUGAGAAGUACUAUGCCUGCUAUAGGAAAAACAUUCACUCCUACCCUUUUUAAAUUUAUUCAGAGAACUACCAUGCUGAUGGCUACCCAUUCUCACUACAGCUGCUGCGCAAUCUUUCUGAUGUAGCUCAGCCUUGUAGUCUACCGCAGCUGCAACACUGCUCUUGAUGGCUUAAACCUGUUAAUCAUUUUCCUUGUUUUCUUGUUUUCAGCUGUGGAGCUCUGGCCGUGUCUCACACAUUCCUUUCUACUUUGUGAAUGCUCAGUUCCCACGUUUCAACCCAGAGACCAGCACCGUAUUAGCGGGUAACGCCAACAUCUCCAUCUCAACACCAACACUUUUCACAGAGUCGUGAUUUGCAGGGCGGAUAAUGAACUAUUGUCUUUGACUUGUUUUAACAAUCCAAACACAACACUACGCUGUAUACUGGUUCUUAAAAAGAUGCGCAAAAUGUACGUCUCUGUGUAAAAUGUACCAUAACAAUUAUGGGUGAAGUGAAUUUGAUUACGGUGUGCCUGUUUUAUUCAGUUGCUUAGGAAGACAUUUUUAGAAAUAUAUUUAAUUCUGAAGAGGUCUGUCACUUGACCAAGUUCAAGUGGGAAAUAAAUGUUGUCAAUCUAGUGUAUGGAUACUGGUUACAGUCUGCAGAGGCAGGGUUUAAAGGGCCCUUGCCAUGAAAAUAAAUACUUUGUAAAUAUACUGGGUUUUUUUUGUCUGUUUGCUGACUGAAGUAUAAAUUCAGUGAUAAUUAUAACUUACACCAGCACUAUAAUCCCCAUAAAUGUAUAAACCAGUCGUUGCAGGUCAGUGAUAUGAAGCAAACCAAAUAAUGCUUCUGACUAAAGUUCCACUGCACGUCGUAUUGAUCUUAUACUCAAGGGCAGUCCACUGCCAAAAUGAUGGCAAGUACCCUCUGUGCUAAAGAUAAAGCAGCCCCUGCUGUUCUUAUGAAUUCUGGAAUGGCAUAAAAGCUUAUCACUAGGGUCUCCCAAAGACCCUAGUGUUAAACAAGGCAUGAAUCCCUCUCUUACUGUGCCUAGAAGACUAAUGGCUAAGCCUCACUAAUGAGGCUCUAAUAAAGCCAAAACAAUCAUGUAGGAUUGUAAAUACGUUUGCAGAGGGGACCUCCUGGCAUUUAGGCACCGGGUUGCCUAUGUGACUGGGAUCUGGCUGAUAUCCCAGUGGUAUAGGUCUCCAAUCUAAUGGCACAACUGAGAGCUAGUUACAGAGCUUUUGCUAGUUCUCAUUCAGUUUUUUUGCUCAUAUCACUGAGCCGACCUGGAAGCAGCAUGCACG